AUGACAACUAAUAAUGGUGAUACCUAUAAUGACAUUUCCGGAGAUCCCUUCAAUACUGCUGAAGAAGUGCCAUGUAUGGAUGCUGUCUCCCCGAAUCAAUUAGAAGAAGUAAACCAUCUAAAGUCGUAUAUUUUAAAUCGUAUUCGUCGCCAUUGUGCCAAAACUCUCAUGGGACCAUGGGCCAAUCCGCAGAAUAUCGAUAUUGUGGAAGUAGGGGGUGGCCUAAGUAACUAUCUCUACAAGGCUCAAUUGAAACCCGAAGCUAUAGAUUCAAGCUGCUCAGUACCAAAGGAAGUCUUUAUUCGUGUCUACGGUGAGUUGCUACGUAGCAACAUGAAUUCUGUGAUCCUCGACGCUGUACUCUUUGCUCUUCUUUCUGAAAAGCGACUUGGACCUAAACUAUUUGGUGUUUUCCCCGGAGGCAGAAUUGAAGAAUUUGUUGAAUUAUCAAUCGAUGUUCCUCCCACUCAUACCGCUGAAAACCUCUAUGGUAUCAUCUAUCAUUCCAUCUCGACUACUAUUGAUCUCCAAAUAAUGUUUGCGCGCACCGUUUGUUCACUCGCUGAAGCAUUGUACAUGUUGACAGCUGGUAUUUUCGUCUCCCAUUUUUCAACAAAUUUCUCUCCCCUUGUCCUUUAA